ACUCAAAUAAUCGAUGUCCGUGUCGUUCCUAUAUGCAAUAUAAUAUAUCAGCUUUUUUGUAGAGGUAUGCGGAAGUAGAAACUUAGUGAUAUUUAUAUAGUUAUGCUGUAUCAGUAAAAGAUUUGCAUAUGCAAGAGUGUCGCUAUAGACAACACUGAACACUCAGUGUCCAUGGUCUUGCUAUAAAAUGUGUAAAAUAUAAAUGAAAUUUGAAUAGAAAUCACAUACGAAGUUUGUCUAAUUCCUUCCAAAUUGAAGGAAAUAAAGAAAAUGAGUUAUUACCCAACGACGAUGGGACCAAAAUUGUCUGAAAGCAGCCGAUUACUUCCGCCGACGGCAGGUUUGUGUGAAUUAUAUUUAACCAUACGGGAAAAUUUCGGCUUUAAAGCAGCUUUAAAUCGAGCUAAAGGCUAGCUAGAAUUCCGUCGCGUGUUCGUGUGAUUACACCAAUACUUCACAGAUCCCAAUAUCGCAUUAGGUUUCAGCCUUUCGGAAAUGAAUUGUUCCAGAGUGUGAUAUGUAUAGUUGUUAUAUCAAAGUCUGAGUCAUACAAUCUUGAACCACGUUCUUGACUGGUUUUGAAAUCAAUCGCGUGGAACGUUAUACAGUACAUGCAAACAAAUAUUAACGAUUUUUCGAUCUGUCUUGCAUUUCAGCUAAAUUAAAUCUUAUAUUAUAGAGACUGUAAAGGAGCACUACGUCAUGGUACUGUCCAUAACGGAAACAUAUAUAAUUGUAUCGCUUGACAAUCUAUCUAUCUUAUAUAUCGAUUAUCUUAUGCUGUAAGAUCAUUAUUUAUACUAAACAAGACGCGUUAGUCAUUAGUCGCUUGGGCUUUUACAUGAGCAUUGAUCUGCCUUUCCUUUACUUUAAUAUGUCUUCUUAUGGAGUUGUUUUAUUUGUGAACGUUAGACUUAAUAUCUGCAGCUUUGUUAGAGGUUGAGAAACAAUCGGUACAAUGUUUACGAUGUUACUCUAGCUGAGUGUGCAUCUACACCGGGCAAGCUGAAAAGUUAGCUUGGCGACGGUGGGAAUCGAACCCGCGACAUUUGGGAUACCAGUUCAAUGCUCUGCCAGAUUAUAUAUACAUAUUCGCAUGUUUUGCAGCUCCAUAUUUGCAAACGGAAGUUAAUGCGACCGCAGUCAUGUACCACGAUGUAGGAGCUCUGCAUUAAUUAAUGUUCUCAUUUGAAACCAAUGUUUAUUGUAUCACACGUAAUUUUGAAUGCGGAAAAACAAACCUCGAGAUGGAGUGGCACCUGAAAAUGAGUGUUUCGGGUAUUCUCAAAUUGUAUUUGAUUGGUAUAACCCAAAUUAAGCUUUGCUAUUUACAAAUUUACGUUCACUAGACAACACGCGUGGCUAAGGCAUUUUAAUAUUAAUUGAUUUGUAUAUUCCAACAUUAACUAUGAGGUUACAAAAUAAUUUAGAUGCAUACGCGGAUGUGAAGUUCAAGGAUCUUUACCCUGGCAAAAUAUUUUACAAAAAGCAAUACAGAUAUAAUAAUAUGACUAGACAAUUGGUUGUCAAUGACGAAAAUAGAUGGAUCAACAUGGAAGCAACGACAAUUAAUUGUCAACUGUACAGGAUAUAUGGCUGGGUAAAACGAGAACAAACGGCAGCCCUGAAAAAGAAAGAUAAAAAUGGAGAAGUUGCUAUAAGAAAUCAAGACACCGGGGAAAUAUUAAAUCUUAUAAAAGAUAAGGAUACGCCGACUCCAAUUCAAAAUGGUUUUUUGGUGAGUGCUGGUACUGCCUGCGAGCGGUAACCUAAAAAAACAGGGAAUAUUUAACAAUUAUUCGCCGAAGGCGAAGUGAUUAGUUUACCGGUGAAUAUUUACCGAGACGAAGUCGAGGUGAAUAUUCACCGUAAUCACUGAGCCUGAGGCGAAUAAUUGUUUUAUAGUAUAAAUUUUUGAUGAAUAAAACAAAAUAUCCAAAUAUCAGUUCAAUUAAAUUUCAGAAAUAAAAUUGUUUUCGGCCUAUUCACUAAUAGAGUUGCAGUGUUUCUUCUACGCACACGCUUUCAAAAUGGCUUCUUGUGUGACUUUAUUGCUUUAUUACAAAGUUGUUUUUCUCGAUUUCUGCUUGGAAUAUAAACACAAUAACGGAAUGACUCUUUCAAAAUUAAAAAUAGUUUCUGUUUAGCAUUAAUUUCUUCAGGAAAUGGCUGAGAAAUUUGGUAAAAUAAAAUGUAAAACUAUAUCGUUCGAAAUAAAGUUUUAAUAACACUUUUUACUUUACAAGUUUCGAAAACACAAUACAGCGUUCAGAACACCUUACAGAACAAUUAAAACAUGACAUAUCAAAAGAAAUAGUAUCGUACAAAUUGGGAAAUUUAUAGGAUACAAAACAAAAUUGCUUUAAAAAGAAUAUCAUGGCUUUUCCCAACAUUCGGGAAGGUUUUUGCUAUUUGUUUGAAGCGAAUGUUUCUGAGUUUUAAACCUAAGUUUUAAAUUAUCCGUGAAUAUGUUUGACACAGUAAUAAUAUAAUAAAGAAAUCUUACCUUUCAAGUUAAAUACAACAUUUUGUGCAUUUUUCGUUUUCCGGGACGAUUUUUUCAAUAUUUUGUCGAUUUUGAAACCAAAUUUGCCGAAUCAUUCUUUUUGAAAAGCAUUAUUUACUGGUCUGCUAGUAAAUAAUGCCUCAGAUUUACUAGUCAACUAGCCAAUCAGAACGCGCGAAAGCUCAUUUGAUAUGCAAAAUUUAUACUAAUUCGGGAUAUUAUAUAACUUUUUUAUGGAUUCUAAUUUGUCUAUACUGUAUAUAUCUUAAUCAGAUAAAAAUCUGGUAUUUUAUCAUAAUCUUAAAAUAUAUUAAACCAAUAGCCUAUUUGUAAAAGUACUGGAGCGUAUAGCAUUAUUAAUUAUGCAAAGUCUCAAUUGCAUUCUUAAAAUUAAAACAUUUGUUCGCUUCUGCAUAUUUCUCCACUUUAAGUCUAUAUUAUGCAAACUGCCAUCUCUAAUCAUUUACAACAGAAAUAGCAGUAAUUAUGGCGCAGUUUCCCAUAACCGAUAUAGCGGUUCACAAUCAGCGCAGUUUCAACGUGGCGUCGCAAUCGAUGAUAAAAUAGUUUCAAUUUGAAGGGCAUCAAAAUCACGACCCAAUAUUUCAAUUUUGGCUUGUGCAAGAAAGCAAUGCAAUUUAAUUUAAUUUAAUUUAUUUACUUAAUUUAAACCAGUACAGAGAGCCAUGUUAUGGUGCAAGAGCUGUUAUCCUGAGCUCACCAACCGUAUAUCUUGAUUACUCUACGUACUGAAUAUAGCCUAAUAACGACAAAUGCUAAUCAACUUUUAUUUCCUCCAGCAACCAUUUUCAGUGGAUCUUCAUAACAUUUAUAAAGGAAAUGAUGCAGAAGGUAUUCCUGGUACACCUGUUUUUGAAUUAUCCAGGGCAGACAAAGAAAGAAAACUGAACAUAUUCCAGUUAGUUGUACAAAUGGAAUUUAUUGAUGGUUCGUUUAGCCAAAAAUUUACCAGUCCAGUAUUCAAUUUGCGAACGCUCGACCCUCCAAAAGGUAAAAAUUGUUUCUAAUGAAACGCUGCGCCAUUUCAUUCUAUAGCAUGCGCAGUAAUUAUUUCCUGCUGCAGCCAAUGCUAAUGUUGUAAAUUUGAUUAUAAAAUUCAUUAAUAAUUCAUGAAGAUAAUUCAAAAGAAGUGAAUGAGCGGUGAAAGGUUUUUGGCCCUGAUGACUUCUGCCUGGGGCACCAAAAGCCGUUCAAGUAUAUACACAGCACCUCUGUACGUCUCUUCCCACUGCAUAAUAUUUAACAAUUAUUCGCCGAAGGCGAAGUGAUUACCGGUGAAUAUUCACCGAGACGAAGUCGAGGUGAAUAUUCACCGUAAUCACUGAGCCUGAGGCGAAUAAUUGUUUUAGUAUAAAUUUUUAAUGAAUAAAACAAAAUAUCCAAGUUAUCCAACUACAAGUUUAAUUAAAAUUCAGAAAUAAAACUGUUUUCGACCGGUUUACGGUUUGGUGUUGCAGUGUUUCUUGUACACGCACGCUUUCAAAAUGGCUUCCUGUGCGACUUUAUUGCUUUAUUACAUAGUUAUUUUUCUCGAUUUCUGCUUAGAAUAUAAGCACAAUGAUGGAAUGACUUUUUUACCAGACUUAGAAUUAAAAAAUAGUUUCUGUUUAGCAUUAAUUUGUUCAGGAAAUGGCUGAGAAAUUUAGUGAAAUGAAAUGUAAAACUAUAUCGUUCGAAUUAAUAUAAAAGUUUUAAUACACUUUUCACUUUACAAGUUUUAAAAACACAAAUAGUACAAUACAGCGAAAGGACACCAUACAGCACAAUGAAAGCACGACAUAGUCAAAAGAAAUAGUAUCGUACAAAUUGAGAUAUUUAUAGGAUACAAAACAAAAUUGUUUUAAAAAGAAUAUCACGGCUUUUCCCAAAAGUCGGGAUAUUUUUUGCUAUUUCAGAUUUACGUUUGAAGCGAAUGUUUCGGAGUUUUAAAUAAGUUUUAAAUUGUCCUUGAAUAUGUUUGACACAGUAAUAUAAUACUAAAUCCUACCUUUCAAGUUAAAUACAACAUUUUGUGCUUUUUUUCUUUUUCUGGGACGAUUUUUUCAAUAUUUUGUCGAUUUUGAAACCAAAUUUGCCGAAUCAUUCUUUUUGAAAAGCAUUAUUUACUACCCAGGUGGUAAAUAAUGCCUCAGAUUUACUAGUCAACUAGCCAAUCAGAACGCGCGAAAGCUCAUUUGAUAUGCAAAAUUUAUACUAAUUUUUAUUAUAUAAACAUAAGUGUUAUAUAGUGUUUUUGGCCACUGAGAAAAUUCGUAUUCAAACACACGUAAAAAAUACGAUAUUUUUACGUGUGAAUAUAUCAUUUGUUGUAAAACGCAUUGUCAGGGACGUUUUAUUGUUUUUCACUGAAUUUUGUUUAUACAAUAAACAGAAAAAUACAUGGGUGUUUGGAAAUACCAGAUUUAUUUCUCCAUUUUCUCGUGUUGAAAAUGAUAUAAAUCAUGUUCAACACUCGAAAUAAAUCUCGUAUUUCCGCGCUCUCAUGUAUUAUUAGCCUGCGCGCAGACUAUAUAAUGACAUAUAUAUAGUCUGCGAAUCCACGGCAUGAAGCUUGGAUGGUCACGUGAAUUUCACAAUAAAGGUUGGGACGAAUUGUGAUUGGUUGAACUAUAAUUAUGCAGAAUUAAUGUUAAUUCAUCGGACAUUGUGUUCGCAACACGCGUUGGACUGUUCAAAAUUGACCGUUACCAGCAUCAAAUGACAAUGUUUAUUACAGUUGUAUUUAUAAACGUGUGACGGAUAAACAAGGAAGGCCGUUGUUUUCAAAACGGAAAGCCCAUUUCGCCAAACAGAAGAUGUAAUAUUAUAGACGAAAUCAAAUUUAAGGGAGGCAAUAAAGAUACAGGUAUUACAGCUAUUCGAGAUUUUACAACCAUUCGAGACUUCAAACUUAUUCGCUAUAUAAAUCAACAAGACUCCGCAAUGAAAAUACCAGUACCUUUAUUGCCUCCCUUAAAUUUGAUUUCGUCUAUAAUAUUGCAUCUUCUGUUUGGCGAAAUGGGUUUUCCGUUUUGAAAACAACGGCCUUUCUUGUUUAUCCGCCACACUUCUAUAAAUACAACUGUAAUAAACAUUGUCAUUUGACCCUGGAAACGGUCAAUUUUGAACAGCCCAACGCGCGUUGCGAACGCAAUGCCCGAUAAAUUAACAUUAAUUCUGCAUAAUUAUAGUUCAACCAAUCACAAUUCGUCCCAACUUUUCUCGGGAAAUUUACGUGACCAUACAACCUUCAUGUCACGGAUUCGCAGACUAUAUUAUAUGUCACCAUUAUAUAGUCUGCGCGCAGGCUAAUGUAUUAUUCUCCAUAGACUUACUUAUGGAAAUCGCGCGCAAACACGGAUUGCUCAUGAUAUGCAGUUACUCAGUGUUAUUUAGUGCCUUAAACCAAUAUUAACUGUUCUGUAGGAAAAGUUCUACCCGGAGGAAAACGACCACGUGUCAGUGAGACAGGUACUGUAACCAGUUUCUUUAAUACAAUAAGCUAACUAAUGUUCCUCAUGCAGCGUACGUGUAGUACGCUCUUUGUGCUGUGAUAAAAUUUCAUCACAAUAAUAACUUUGCAGAAGUCACUUUACACUGAAAUUUGGAGACGUGGUAAACUUCACUAUGAUUGGCUGUCUCACUUCAAAUAAUCCAAAGAGCAGUGCAAAAAUUGUAAUAAUUUGUAAUAGUAGGUACACGUGUGCUAACGGGUACAACUACUGCAGACAAACAACUUGAGUAUUUUAAACAUAACAUGUUCUGUUUUGUACCUAACGUUCGAUAAUUUACAUACAAUCGCUCUCUAACGUAACCUUUCAACUGUGCAUGUUGAUAUUUUAGCUUCUCCUGGAGGAUCUGUCGACAGCGGGACUUUUGAUGACGGUAGGUACAGGGCGCAUAUUUAUACAGGGCGGUGUAACGCCUUGAUGUCGCGCUGAUCGACGUGCAUGGAUGCGCAAAACAACUGGCACGAGCGUGUUUUUUGGCAAAAGUUUACAAGGGGAGUGAUUUUUGCUGCUGUUAUCGUUUCCUAGAUUUUCAGUAACUACGAAAUUCUUGAGGAUGUAGCACUGUAAUGAUGAAGUAGUAACUAGUGUAUCGUAUUAAUACAUGUUUGACCUAUAUUGUUUAAUUUUCAAAGAAAUAUUGAGGAUAAUGAGCUGGUUUUUGAUGACUUCGAUCAUCGAGGUAAAAUUUCAAGACAGCAUUUGAGCAUGCUAUCAUAUCGUCCAAACCACGAAAUUCAGUUGUUUGUAAAGAUUAUAAUUAUGUGCUUAUCUUCAAAAGUGAUAAAAUUCUGAGUUGAGCUUUUGAAUACACAGCGUUGGAAAGUGAGAUUUGUGUGAUAUAUUCCCGAGCGACUGUACUAAUUAUUACUAAUUAGCCGUGCGAUGGUAUUAUACCCGCGUAUGCGAAAACAUAGCGAUCGCGAAGUUCAAAGUUGUUCUCCAUUUUGUUUGUGUCAUGGAUGGUUUUUGACGUUAUGCGCGUGGGUGAACACGGUAUAAAUAACUGUUUUUGAUUUUGAAGGACGUAUUUUGGUGUUUUACAGCAAAUUGUUUGUUUUAAAUUUCGUAAAAAAGUUUGCAAUAUGCCUAGUACAAAAUGGGGUUUUUUCGAUGUUAACUCGAAAUACGCCCGCAAUUUCAUGAUUUAAUGGCCGUUAAACCGUGAAACAAACGUUGUAAUAAUUGUCUUGAUGCUUUGAUAUUGAUCUUUUUAAUAAUGUAUCAUUGUUGUGCCUGUUUGGGUAAGUGUAAACAUUUCUGCAUGUAGUAAAAUUCCACGCCCGCACGCCGUACUUGCUUUGUGUUGUCGAUUUUAUUCAUAUUCACUGAAUUUCGAAGCCCUUUUCAACUCGAUUAUUCACAAUAAAUAAUUUAUUUUAAAUUAAAGUAAGCUCAGUGGUUGCUGCUGGUGUACAUGAAAUUGCAGCGAAUGUUAUCAUUCAUUAAGUCUAGCGCAUGCAUCAGUUGUGUUUUUAUAUUUGUUUAUAAUGGUCUUAUUACUUUAUGUGAAGAUUUUAUACUUCAUCUGUUAAGAAAGGCGAGUGGUUGCUGCAUGCAAAUGUAUCUUCUAGUAUGUUAAUAAUCAGUUUAUAUGACUUUUAAGGCAUUCAAUGGAAGUAGUUCUGAACCGUAAACAUAUUUUACUCCUUAGCCAUUCAAUCAAAAUACGACUCGCUCGGACGUAUGUUGAGCGCAAUGGUCGAAAAUUGUAUUUUUUACUGGCUGGCAAAGACGAUCUCUCGUAAGGAUUCGUUAAGAAAAUACAAAUUCAAGCUGAGCGUUUCUUGACUUUCAAUUGAAAAGAACAACUAUAGUGACUAAAAUUCACUGUGAGUUAUGUUCUACCGAAAGUGUACGAUACAUUUAUGUAUGAAGAGUUUUAAAAAACCUUUCACGUCAUGCUUCCUGCCGCCUAUCUUGCAAGCCCUUUAUAUAAUCCCCCUGUGUAAGUACAGUAUUAUUGGCAUUGCAUGGGUUCCGGAAACACCGCUUUUUGGGGGGUCGUGCGACAUUGUUGUCGUGUCUGCCGUGUUGUUUGAGACUGUUCCUCGCUGUUGUGUAUUUCAUUCUGCUAUUUUGAGUAGAGCGGUGUUGAUUAGGUUGCUAUCUGUUGUUUCAGUUUGUAUUGCCGUAUUGUUGGUUGCAUUGAGUUCGUUUGAUUUGAACUGUUUCGUGUUUGUUGCGUUGUCUUAUUUUUCUUUGUGUUGUCUUGUGCUGCGCGACAUCAUUUUGCACUGCGUUGUGUUGUGUUGUGUCGUGUCGUGUCUUGUCGUGUCGUGUUGUUUUGUUUUGUUUCCCGCGGCAUUGUUUUCUUUUACUGCAUUGCGUUGUUUUGUUAGGUGUUGAAUUGGGUUUUUUUACGUGUUGCUCUUUUGUGUUGCGUCACGUUGUUCUGUGUUACCCUACAUUAUUUUGGAUUGUAUUGUGUUGUUGAAGGGUAUGCUUUUGUGUUGUUUAGGAUCGCACUUCACUGUUCUAUAUAUGUUGCGUUACAUUGAUAAUUGUGUAUUCCGCUACAUUCUUUCGAAUUGCACAACGGUGCUUUAAUUAUGACGCCAUGCACGCGCUGUUCUGCGCUUGGUUGUGUUAACAUUGAAGUGUAUAAUUAAUAUAUGUUGCAGGAAGACAACAAAAGAUUCUGGUUGACAUGCUCGACGCCAAAACUGCGGAGGUUGACAAAGUAGUUGUUAAAAAUCUGCAGGUUAACGGGAUAUUAAAUGUCAAUACAACAGGAGCUGAUCUGGCAUACCAUUUGACAUUGAAAGAACCUGAGAAAUAUGGUGAUCUACAAGAAGGUGACAUUGUUGGGUUUUAUAAAGACGAGGAAUCUGGGGAGACCUAUAUUCAGCGCCUGCGCAGUAAUAACAUUCACAAUGCUUUGCAUACGGGUGUUGUAAGCCGUUCUCAUUGGCUGGCUGGACACAAACCUCUCAAUCCAGGUACGAUUAUUAGAAACGCUUGUAACUAAAAUGGGACGUCUGUAUAAACUACAAGCAUUAUAAUGGCGCAUUCGGUGAUCAAAAUGUUAAUUCCGCUAUGUUUUCGUUGUUUUAAAAAUUAUUCCCCCUAUUCCCUUAUAUAUGCAGUAACUAAUUGUUGUCAAAGCACUGGUGAUCUUGUGCAAACUACGUAGAUUGUCUUUGGCAUAACGCGUUGUUCGAAAAGUCGCUAUUAAAAUAUAUUAUUUCAAAAAUUCUUAAAAUCAUUUUAUGUUUGUUUAAGUAAAUUUACAGCCUUUGUAAUAGAAAUUGUUUUUGGCUGUAGCACUUCGGAUCAUUGCCAAAUGAAGAAGAUCACAUUUCCUGAUGACAGGCAUACAGAUAUAGUUUUAUUAAACACGUUUCAACUAAAUUAACUAUAUUGAACCAAUGUGCACAGUUACCUGAUUACAUGUUGUCUGGCUAAAGAUGUUUUCUUACUCCAUCACACUGGUGUCACUGUUGUUAGUUAUAAACUAUGUUAUCGCCACAACCGUGACAUAUAAAGUGUUGUAAUAAACCAUCUUUUGUCGUGAAGGUUUAUUAUUUACAUGGUCACAGCAUUAUUUUCGAAAACGUUUCCUUCAUUUCAUCAGGAUUGAGACUUGUACAUAUAUAUAGUGAGCCCCAAUUUCAAAUAACUAAAAUAAGUCCACCUCUCUGCCAAGUCCACCUUUCUUGAAGAACGAAAUCCAUAAUCAUACAUCCCAAUGAGCUUUGUCUUAAAGAACAAUUGUUUGAAAGAACAAUUGAAACUAUAUAUUAAGUUCUCUUACCGCUUUUUCAUACCUUUCUUAGUUCUUGAAAUAUUUUCACUUGAAGUAAUCAGAUGUCCGCCAUCUUGGAUAUAUUUUUUAUCUCAUUAACGGCAGUUUUGGUGACGUCACAACAGGGACGGUUGCUGACCAAAUAUUGAUUGGUACAUGUUUUAAAGGUUUUGAGUGAUCUUGAUAUUUCGAAGGGCCGACAGAGUAUAGUUUUGGGUGCAAAAUGAUUAGUGGUUGUCUAGAUAAAAAUAUUGCGUGUCCCCUGUUGUGACGUGCAUGCAUAUCUACAAAAAUUAAAAAUGGCGUACAUUUCAUUCCUUUCGAUCAAAAUAUUUGUAGAAGUAAGCAAUAUAUGAAAAAUAGGUAAAAUAAGUUAAUAUAUAGUUUCAAAUGUUCUUUCAAAUGAGAAAAUAAAAAAAUAUAUUGCCAUUUCCCUUUAAACUUAACAAUUAUUCUCCGACGGCGAAGUGAUUACCGGUGAAUAUUCACCGAGACGAAAUCGAGGUGAAUAUUUACCGUAAUCACUGAGCCUGAGGCGAAUAAUUGUUUUAGAAUAAAUUUUAAUGAAUAAAACAAAAUAUCAAAAUAUCAUUUUAAUUAAAAUUCAGAAACAGUAAAAAUAUUUUCGGCCGGUUUUACGGUUACUGUUUUAGUGUUGCAGUGUUUCUUGAGUACACGCUUUCAAAAUGGCUUCCUCUAUGACUUUAUUGCUUUAUAAUUACACAGUUGUUUUUCUCGAUGAUGGGAUGACUUUCUCACCAGACUUAGAAUUAAAAAAUAGUUUCUGUUUAGCCUUAAUUUGUUCAGGAAUGGCUGAGAAAAUUGGUAAAGUGGAAUGUAAAACAAAUGCUCGAAUGCCUCGAAAUAAAGUUUUAAUACACUUUUCACUUUUAAUACAAGUUUCGAAAACACAAUACAGGGGCAGGACACCUUACAGCAAUGAAAACAUGAAUAUAUCAAAAGAAAUAGUCUCAGUGGCGUAGCUAGCGGUCGACCCUGCUUGUCCUGCCCAGCAGGACUAAGAAUUUCCCCAAAUUUCCGUACUAAAACAUUGCUUUAUUUAUCUUGAAGCUUUAAAAAAUCAUCAUCAUAUUGUUAUUUUGUCUCAUUUUCUCGUCUAUUUAGUUAUUAUUUUUUAAUUUAAACGUUUUUCACAUUGUUAUAUUUACGCAAUUUUACAACUUGCCGUGUCUGUUACCUAGCAACUGCAACUCUACAAUGAUUUACACGCGCUCGUAUUUCAGUCCUGCCAUUUUGAAAUGGCAGGACUUGCUAGUAUAUUUCAUAGUAAAUUCAUACAAGAAAUCUUGCUUUCUGAUUGGAUAAUUAGGUAUGCGCAUGCUCAAACCGACUGUUUACAAAUUCGAAAUCCUGCUCUCUCGAACUGGCAGAACUUGGCCUUGUAUUGUCUUUACUUACGAACUUUCCGCAUGACUAAACCCAUUUUUUACUAAUUCUGUCGAGAUUACUAAAGUUAUGAAUAUGGAAAUCAACGAGUGUGGAAGCCCAAUGUGAUUUUGAUAUAAUUUCUGGCUUCUGCUAAGAUAUUUUAGCUCACGAAAUGCAUUGUGUAUAAUACAAUAUAAUGGGAAAUACAAAUUUCAUUUGUGAAGCCUGUCGUAUUGAUAUAAAGCAAGAAAGUAAUAUUUACUGCCAGUUCAUGUGCUUUAUGCAUUGAAACACGAGCACUUAAAUGGAGUUUAAAAAGUGAUGUACUGUGCCAAUUUAUAUUUACACUGUUUUUAUCAGUAGAUAUUUGGCCGCAUACACUCUUUUAAACGCUAUAUUAAUUAAUACCAUAGGUAUAGCGUACUGAAUUACAUUCAGAACGCCAGGCGUAUUGGUCUGUAGUAAGUUGAUACCACUCCGUUAUAUAAAGUUUAAAUUAACACAUCACUAACAAACGUAGUGAAUUUUUAACGAAUGCUAGCCGUAGUGAUAGUGUAUAAAAGACAUAAAACACCGUGUUAUGUGUUGAUAAUGAAAGAUCAUAUUACAGAAGCGUAUUGUGAACAUGAUAUUUUCCUCUUUCGUGACUAUUUAGCUACAUUUUCACUUAAAUUAAGUUGAAAAAUAGUGAAAUAUGAUAAAAAUGCAUAGAUUUUAAAAAGUUACAAACUUUUUUCUAAAUAGUAUAAAAAAUGUUGCGUUAAUCACGCAAUUUUUUUAUGUGGAGUAUUUCGCCGUGAAAUCGCAGGAAAUGGCUAUUCCAGACUUCUACUAAUGACUUCUUCUACUUCUUCUAGUCAAAUUUCGUUGGCUACGCCACUGAAUAGUGUCGUACAAAUUGAGAUACAGUACCUAUAGGAUUCAAAAGAAAAUGGUAUUAAAAGAAUAUUACGGCAAGGUUUUGCCCAUGCAACAGUCGGGAUAGUUUUUGCUAAAUUGUCCGUGAAUUUGUUUGACACAGUAAAAUAAUAAAAGAAUCCUAUCUAUCAAGUUAAAUACAACAAUUUGUGCUUUUUUCGUUUUCUGUGGACGAUUUUUUCAAUAUUUCGUCGAUUUUGAAACCAAAUUUGCCGAAUCAUUCUUUUUGAAAAGGAUUAUUUAGUAGUCAGGUGGUAUAUACUAACUAAUCAACUAGCCAAUCAUAACGUGCGAAAGCUCAUUUGAUCUGUAAAAUUUAUACUAAUUGCUGGUAUUAAACAAGGCAUUUCGAAAGGCUGUCUUAUACAAGAUGUAUUGGACAUGUAAUGACACGUUGAAUUAAAUUUGAUUUACCCUCUUCAGCUACCAAGACUGACACAAUCUGCGUCAUUGGUAUUGUCAACGUCAAAGUUGUUGGCAGUAUUGAGAAUGGAGAACGUAUUUAUGCCUCAACGGAUCGUCCAGGGAAAGCGAUACCACAAUCACAUAUGCCUGUAGGUUCUUUCCUGCGUAAAAAACAUGCACUGCUUGGUAUGGCUUUGGAAACCAAGAAAUCCAAGACACUUGACGAUGUUCAUUUAGUAAAAUGUUUUGUGUGCAUAGUACUUGAUGUAAGCAGAAAGGAACUGCUAGAGGAGAUCGAAGAUCUUUACCAAGUUAAUGAGGAAAGAACAGCGGAACAAAUUAAAAUCGCCAGCAAAAAGACGUGGAGAAGUAAGUUUUUUUUUGUUUUUUUGUUUUUUACAAACUUAGUCAUAAAUUGCAGGUUAACUCUACAGAACCUAUUGAUCCAUUUACAGGAUCCCUAUAAUAACCAAUUUAGUUCUUGUUUAAUUUUGUUCUUGUUCCGAUUUAGUUCUUGUUUCAAUUAAGUUCUUGUUCAUCAUGCACGCAGUAGGAUUUAAUAUUAAGGACACGGAAUGUAUAGACGUCCAUGCUGCUGCUCAGCUGACUAACACUCUUGCUUGAAACGUCAGAAUGUAAUUAAUAACCGCAUUCACUAAAAGUUAUCCUUCAUCUUUUUCGUGAAGGUUAAUUCGUCAAAGGAAAUUAGUUAAAGGAAAUUACUUUUUGGACGAAAACCUGAAAUGUUCUAUGUUGGUAGAUUAGUUGCUUAGAAAUGUCGUUCCACGAGCAUGCGCGUUCGCAGGUAAAGGGUGGGCUUAGCUCUGCAGAAAUCGAAUUGAUUAGGAGUUGUACACAUGCUCGGCAAUUGUUGCAAUAUAUAAACAAAGUAUUUAGAAUUUCUCGUAUACAUUUUUACACUAAAAUUGGUUGAAAAAAAACUAAAAAUUUUUGGGUAAAUAUGUACGAAAGCCUCGGAUUGAUGGUGAUACAACUACCUUAAAAGUACAGGGGGGAACUUUGACGUUUCUGGAGAAGUCCCUUUCGAGCGAUUUGUACUGCUGGUGUAUGUAUACAUCAUACUUCCGACCUUUACUUUUGGUCCUGAUAAAUAUAAUCUCCGCAAGAGUGAAGGAAUGUUGGCUACGAAAUGUCAAUGUGGACCUAUAUAUUCUAUAAACAUAGGUAUAUACAUAGAUACAGAUACAGAUAUUUCACAGCACACACCCUAUCAGGGCUUUUCAGUGACUGGUUAAAUUGCGAAUAGAUAGAUAGAACCGGACUGACGUGAAGCAGACCAAGGUAGACUUUGAGCUUACAAAUGGCGCUUGAGUAGCCGCUAUUAGUCCAUACAUGCAUCUUUAAUGAUCUUCGUCCUGACCUAUGUGCUUAAACCACCCUGCAACUUUCACUGUGGAAGGAAAUCGGAGUACCCGGAGAAAACCCACGACUUUCGGCAGAGUGUUGACUUUAAUAAAUUCUUUUCACACGAGGACUGGGUUCGAUUCACAUUUAGAAGCUCUCACUGAGGCUUGAAGCAGCUACCUUAGAGGUGAAAUUGGCCAGCAUGCGUACAACUCACGUUCGAAAUCCAACGUGAAUCACUUCGAUUUCUCCAGAGUUAUGGCCGCCCUUAACCUGCAAACUGGCAUGCUCGGGGAACGAGAUUGGUUGCUUAUAUAUAGUGGAUUUUAGGUUAGUUUAGGACCGGAAACGAAAUAAUGUUAAAUAUUAUCACAUCGGAAAUUUUUUUGUUUCACUUUUCUGUUGGAAAUGUUGGAAUGAUAUCGUCGAAUAGCAGAAUGAUUCUCAAAAGGAUUCAAGAAUAAUGAAUACGGAAAAAACUUAUUGCAUAUUCACAAAAGUACGCAAUGAAUGAUCAAUAAUUUGGCAAUGUUUUGACAGUUUCAAGUUUGGACAUGUACCUGAUUAUUUUGUUAGUCAUGCAAUUGAUAUUUGGUGAUUCGGUUGAUACUGUAGGUUAUAGAACUUCAUAACUAUUGCGAAAGCAGUCGGUCAUUAACUUUGCGUAGGAAUUAAUAGAGUUAAUUACCUAAGUUAAGUACUGUAUAUUAUCGUGAUUUACACUUUUGUUUCAGGGCUGAAAGGCUGCGCGCUAUCGACACUCAUUAUUAUUGGAGUUAUAAUAUUUAUCCUGUAUCAAUGGUUAGUUCCGGGAUCAAUGUUCCAAUAUUGGCUUUGUAGACAGGGAUCUAUCCCGGAUCAUCAUCUCUACUAUACGUAUGUUGAUACGAACAAUGGCAGGGUAGGUAAUAAAUGUUUAUUGAUAUAUAGCUAGAGUGAUCACCAAACGUGAUAGGCUGAAAUGUGGUCACGUGGUGUUACAUAAUUGUAUUAUACUCCGUUAGGCAACAGGUCCAAAAUAAACCUUUCCGGUAAUUACGUCACGACCAACACUGUUUUAAACUUAGGACCACCUUAAAUGGAAUGGAUUUCAAGUUUGUUUCUCAUGGGCUAUGGUCAGAGAAGCAGAACAUCCUUCUUCAACACAUGCAUGCAUAAAACUAAUUUUGGAUUUUGACUAUUAAAUAUGGCAAUAACCUUAAACAUGACAACGAGGCUGUGAGGCCAUGGCCUCUCUUGGUCCCUCAGCCUCGUUUUCGUGUUUUGUCUUAUUUCCACAUUCAUUGGUCAAAAUCCAAAAUUCUUUUUUAUGCAUGUGUUGAAGAAGGAUGUUCUGCUCGUCUGACCAUAGCCCGUGAGAAACAAAUUUAAAAUCCAUUCCAUUUAAGGUGGUCCUAAUUUGAAAACAGUGUUAGUCGUGACGUAAUUACCGGAAAGGUAUAUUGUUGUCGGCCCUGACAGGCUGCUCUGAACACUCUCAGAAUUUAAAUUUAAUUUUGACAGGCAUAUGAUUGAUAAUCUAAAUACUUUGGAAUUUACUUGGCAUUCAGUUAACGAAUCAAAGAUUUUCAGUACAAUUUGUCUAUUUCUAAAUCUACUGGAUGUGAUAAAAUACCUUCUAAAAUUCUAAAAUAUUCUGCUUCUGUUAUUACAUCAUCUUUAACCAAUCUGCUCAAUUCCUAGAGUUGUACCGCUUCUUAAGAAGGAUUCGCGCACCGUUAUAGACAAUUACAGGCCAAUAUCAAUUUUGACGGUACCGGUUGUUAACAAAAUAUUUCAAAAGAUCUUGUAUGAGCAGUUAUACGAAUAUUUUACCACCAAUAAUUUACUCUCUGAACAGUAGUUUGGGUUCAGGCGCUUUCAUUCUACAUCUACUGUACUGCUAGAUUCUACUGAUGAGUGACAUAUUACUGGCCAAACUCGAGUUAUAUGGUACGCCUCUUAUGCUUUUCUUAACAAUACGCCUCUUAUGCUUUUCAAAACCUACUUAUCAAAUCGAUCUUAGCAAUGUCUAGUCUGCGAACCCAGACGUCAUUUCCGACGCUCAUUCUUCGCUAGGAAAAUAACGUGUGUGGAAACGAGCGGGAAUUAGAUAUCCGUGACGUAUGCCUAUUGUCUAUGUUAGCCAAUUAAAACAUAUGUUACUAUUUUCAACUUCAUUACUGGACGAUCGACGCCAAAGAGGAUUGUCUAUAUGUAGGCCUAUGUCGAUCAAUAAAAAUAUAGGAUGUUAUCAAUAAAAAUAUGGUGAGGAAAAUUAUUAUGAUAUAUCAUACUGGAGUUUCAAGAUGUUGUUCUCGCUCCAACAGCCAGACUAUAUUAACUUCACAGCUCGUUCGACAGAUUGUGAUUUGAACUAGUCUGCGAAGAAUAUAAUUUUCUACGCAUUUGAUUAAUUAGUGCGUUACUAAAAUACUGUAUGAAUGAAAUUCCAGAUAUGGACAAAUUCAUUUAAUCUUUUAUGUGUCAAUCCGUCUGUUCUGUUGCAAUUGCAGUUCAUUAUUAUUAAAAGUACGGCCGGCCUAAAUAAUAUAUAGGACACUUUGUUUAUGUCUAUACCGCUCUGCAGCAAGAUUAUACGCCAACAAUCAAUAAUUGCAUGCAUUCAUUGCAUUGGAAACAGCCUGGUCCUGAACUUGUUGUAAAACCUGUCACGGAACUAAAGUUAAUCUGAUAGUUGAAGAUCCUAGCGAAACUAACACAAAUUAAAUAUAUACAGUUUAAACGUUUUGAUUGUUCAUAUUCACUUUAGUUAAUAAUAUAUAUAUGUAUACGUACUUCUGAAUAGCAUGCAGUGUGUUUUCUAACUUACUAGUAGUUUGUGUUUGUAUUUAUAUACUGUACACAGAGUGAAAUUGACAUCAAUUUUAUAGGUUGUAAUUAUAGUAGCAUUUUCAGUGUGCUUUCUUGCGUCGCGCUGUUUUAAUACAGUUAGCACUUUGUUGCAGUACACUGAUACGGCAUUUGAGAGAAAUUCAAAUUAACAUUUUCCCAAAAAACAUGAUCGCCAGAAGUAAAUGCAUUUUGUUUAUAACUUCAGGUCUGAAAUUGAUAUUGAUAUCGGUACUGCAUGCAUGCAUCAAUAAACAAUCGGUUACAUUAUUUCACCGUAAACCAGCUAGUUCUAUCUGGCACUUUUUACAUUCAAUGCUUUUCAAAUAAAUUACAAUUCAGCAACACUUUGUUCUCAUCUGGUUAAAAUAGUUUCCAAUUUAUUUCCUGUGAAGAAUCGUUCGAAAACGCAAGAGCAGAAGUAAAUACAAAGCAAUAAUGUGAAUGCAAAUAUAAAUAUUAACAACGAGCAACUUUGGUCUUUGUAUUAUAAAUGUGCGAGUAUAAAUGUACAUUCUAGAAUAAAGAAAAAUACAGAAAAAUUUAAUUAUUUACUUUUAUAUGGUCACAAGCAUAAAAUCCUGAUGUUCUUUUGUAAAAAUAUAUUGUUAUUGCUAGUACGAAGGCCUAAUUGAGAAUAAAAACAAUAAAUUUUCUUGAAAACGCCCCGUCAGCUAAAAAUAUAUGUUACGACUGUUAUUGUUGACAUUCGCAAUUCUCUGUCGCGUGGAAGUCCCACAAAUAUCCCACGCAUUUCGCAUGAGAUUCCCACGAGUUAGUUCACAGUUUUUAGAAGCUACAUUCUGAUUGGCGGAAAUCGAAUUCCCGCUCGUUUCCGCAAACGUUAUUUUCUAAGCGAAGAAUGAGCGUCGGAAAUGAUGUCUUGGUUCGCAGACUAAAGCCGGUUUUCCACUAGGCGGAAUUUUGCGCGCGGAGCGGAAUUUUUCUUUGUCUUGUGAUUUCUCGGGUGGAACUAAUUAGAAAAGACAAAGAAAAAUUCCGCUCCGCGCGCAAAAUUCCGCCUAGUGGAAAAGCGGCUUAAGCAAUGUCAAGUAAAUGGGGAACUUUCCACGUUAAAAUAAGUAAAAUAUGGAUUUCCCCCGGGGUCAAUUUUGGGUCCACUUCUGUUUUUAAUUUAUAUCAAUGAUUUACCAAACUGUUUACAACACUCUACAGCACGUAUGUUCGCCGAUGAUACUAACAUCACAGUGUCUGGUAAAUCGAUUGAAGAAGCUGAGGUGGCCGUUAAUGCUGAUCUCAAUAAUACCAGAGAAUGGCUUUUAAUUUAUCAAACAGACUUUGUCUUAACCAAAUCAAAACGGAAUAUCUUUUGAUUGGAUCACGGUACAAUAUUAACACGUUGGAAGUACAACCGCGUUUUUUUGGGGGGGCGGGAUGAACCAAUUAAAGAGGUUCAGGCCACAAAAGCUCUUGCUGUUAAAAUUGACCAACUUUUAACUUCGGACAGCCAUAUUGACUUUAUUUCGAAAAAGUAUCUUCUGGAAUAAGUGGUAUGAAAAAGAUAAAGGAUUUCACUGAUUCCGAUACUUUGAAUUCAGUCUAUUAUGGUCUUGUCCAACCCAUUUCGACUACUGUUGUGAAGUUUGGAAUUCCAUUAGUAGAGGUUAGUCAGAACGACUACAAAAACUUCACAACAGAUGUGCUAGAAUUAUAAUGAACUAGCUUUAAAGAUGAGCCUGGGCAAUCUCAACUAGCCCUUGAUCAAUUAGGGUGGAAAAGCUUGGAAGAAAGGCAAAAAAUAUUAUGGCCUGGCUCAUGUUUAUGGUUGUCAAUAAUAUGACACCGUACCGUCGAAGUUCUCAUCAAUGUUCCAGAAUUCAAACCAUAUCCACAGUUAUAAUUUACGAGGUUCAAAUUCGUCUUUCUUUCUGCCACGACAAAUACCGAGUGUGGCAGAAAAUGUUUCCGAUGUAGUGGUGUUAGAAUCCGGAAUGGCAUUCCUGAACUAGUAAGAAACAGGGCAAACAGCGAAUCUUAAAUUUAAAUGAUUUCAAUGGGAAUAUUUGUUCUGUUAGUAUGAAGAAUUAACUAUUUGACUAUUGUACCACUUGUUUCGUAAUAUGUAUUUUGUAUUCGUAGUUCUUAAUAAUAACGGCUUAUUGACCGCGCUUGAGGUCUGUACUGUGAAACAUCAGGCAGAGUUUUCUCCAUGCAAAAAACAGAGGUCUGAUAUUUCACAGUACAGACCGAACAAGCGAGGUCAUUAAUCGGCUUAUUAUAUGGCUGAACUGAGUCUGUGAGCAUAUGCUUUUCGCGCGAAUUAAAUCGGCUAUCGUCAGUUUCACUGAGUAACAAUAUAUGGUAGGCAUUCAUGCUCAAUCAAAAACAAUUUGGUUGUUUAAAAUUUUUAUCUGUAAAGCACAAUUGGAAAUUUAAAACGCAAAAUUUUUUCUGUUUGCAAAGCAAAAACUUCCUGGCAGAUAAACGACAUCCGGGACACCGGUCCAUAUACGGAAAAUGCGGACCACGGUCCGGAUAUGGAUUUUUACGGACCGCUUGUCAACCAAUCAGAAUAGAGAAUUUUGAAAAGCCAUAUAUAAUGAAAAAACUUUAUUUGACUACGCUGCCCACUGCAAACGAAAUUGCUUUCCAAGUGUGGCGUAGAUAAUUUAUAAUGUUACAAAAAUAUAUAAAAUAACUAAUAUUAUUAUAUGGCAAGCAUUUGUUUUUGAUGAAUCGCGUAAUUUGAUUGGCUGCUGACGAGGCAGGAAUUUCCCGUAUUGGCCACGCGCAAUACGUAAUUUUUAUUGCUUUACAAAGCUGGGACGAGAGCCGAGUUUCAAACGGCAAAAAGUGUCUAAAGGUCUUUCAAUUGAAAACGAAGAAAAAAGACCUAAAAUAGAUAAAAGGAGCAACUGCUGUGGUUAAAGAACUUACUAAAUACGUUUUUGUUACCGAAAGUCGAAUUUUUAACACUGUAAAUUUUACAAUGUGUUUGACUAUUAAAGCAAUCAAGAAAAAUAGUUGUUUUGACAAUGAGAAGAGCUGCAAAUUUAAUUUGCAGAUGGCCAGCAGGAAUCGGACACCAUGUAAAUAAAAAAUACAACUAAAGCAGCCACAGAUAUAUAAUUUCCCCCUGAAAAUUUCUGUUUUUGUUAGAUCAAGAGACAUAAAUAUAUGAAAUGAACUAAAAACGUAUUUGUCGAUGCUAUCUAUUAAUUUUAUUGUUUUCAUUUUGUUCUCUUUGAUUAAAUAACGAAAUAGUUCGAUUUUUUCUUGAAAUACUAUCCAAACUGUGUUAGUAUUCUAUAAAAAGUGCUGUAGAGUGUUUUACUAUUAACCAAGAGAAAAUGUUUGCUACUUUGCCCUUGCGUGACCUUUUUUCACAAUUUUUACUAACGUACAAUGCAAUAUAUGAUAAAAAAAACUUACUGAACUCAACCGUUCGGGCACUACGGAAAAAUAUCCAAACUCGGUCAUGCUGUAUUGAACUCCCUGUCGCUCGGUCAAUACAGCAAGUCCUCGGUUUGAUAUUUUCCCGUACUGUCCUCACUCUCGAUCAGUAAGUUAUUAAUAACCUUAUCCUAUCCCAUCAUGCAUAAAUAAAUAACGUAGCUGCACAUCUCGCAAGUUUAAAGCUACGAUUAUCCAACUUUGUAUUAAAAUAAGGAAUAUAAAAGAGAAGAAGUUUUGUUUCCGCGACAUCGUCUCGGGUAACAAUGAGAUUCUCGGGAAACAAAACUAGCUAUUCCUCUCGGGACUGGACAUUAAGGUGACUCAAUACAGUUUUUUAAAAAAUGGGAAAAUCACGAUUUAGAUACUUAUUUUUGGACAAUUGUUACUUGUUGAUAAACAAAAAGUACCAUUCAUAUAUGAAACAACAUCUAGAAAGUUUGAAUUUUGGUACAAAAGUUACGCAACUGCCGUUGCUAUGGCAACAAUGACGUUUCAAGGUGGCAGAUAUUUUGGUUUUAAAAUAAUUUAACUCAUAAACGACAUCGGUGUCCCUUAAAUUUUAUUUAAAAAAAAUAUUUCUUUUAGUAUUAUCAAUUAUUUUGACAAUGUAAAAAAAUUCUGUGGAGCCAAAAUUUUUAAAAUUACGUAAAGGUGAUUAUUCAUAAUAUUUUUUUUUCAUAGAUUUUUUUUUUAAUUUUGAAAAUAAUUGAUUAUACUAAGAGAAAUCAUUUUUUAAAAUAAAAUUGGGGGAUCGCCGAUGUAGUUUAUAAAUUAAAUUACUUUAAUGCUAAAGUAUCCGCCAUCUUGAAACGUCAUUAUUGCCAUAGCAACAACGGCAGUUGCGUUUAACGUCCUGAAUCUUUAGAUGUUCGUUGAUAUAAGGAAGGUACUUUUUGUUUGUCAUCGAGUAAUAAUUGUCCACAAAUGCGCAUCUAAAUCGUGAAUUUUCUAUUUUUUUAAAAACUGUAUUUUAAGUGUAUCCUGUCGACUUUAUAAUUAGUUGCUGUUAAGUUGGAAAUUGGAAUGCAUUAUUUUGAAUAAUGAACAGUGUCUAAGUAAACAAUCAUUCUAAAGAGCUGAAUUUACAUUCAGCUUUUUCUAAAUAUUUUCAAGUAACAUAUUUUUGAAAACAAAAUUCGUUGUCCAAAUCAGUAAUAUAACUGAUGCCAAAAUCAACUCUAUCUAUAGUCGCCUAAGGAAUUAUGUUAAACGCCCUAUAUGUUUUCUAUUAGCAUUUUCAGGUACAUGGUAUUGAAUUUACCUGGCAAGGACUGCAGGACAAAGUGGGAUUCAAAUUCUUACGAGACACGCUUGAAACAAGUAAGUAAUGGACUAUAAGUCAAUAUUAAAUCAAGUCGAUAUUGUUUUCAAAAAAUCAAAUAAUUUACAACAUAUAGUCUUUCAAAACAUGGUUUGGAAACUCCGCUGAAGACUUUGUUCUAUCUUUUUGCUCGCGUUUAUGCUGUUUUGUGCACGGUGCACAUUCAAUGAACACAUUGUAUUUCAGUAUAUUGAACGAAUCACCCAAUAGCAACGUUUCAGUUCAGUCAUUCGUACCAAAUGAAUGCUUUAUUUUUGUUUAGUUUUAAUAUCAAAAAUGAAAAAGUAAAAAAAUAGAAAAAUUUUAUCGGGGCGAGAUUUUCAAGAACGAGAAUUUUCUUUUCAGCCUCAACAUGGCCUAUCGAAGGGGAGAUGGCUGUGAAACUCAUUAGAAUAACAAUAUAAUCAUUAUCUAUGUUAGUCAACGUUUAUUCAUAAAUCAGGUCCUUUCACCGUCACGUGUGUAUUGUAUUUUUACCAAAUCCACCAAUAGCAAUUUCCAGUUUCCCUAUUGUUUGAGUCACGGAUAGGUGACAUCCCUAAAACAUUGCUAUUGGUUAGUUGGGUAAAAAUACAAUACACACGUGACAGUGAAGGAACAGAUUUGUGAAUAAACGUUGACCAACAUAGAUAAUGAGUUAUAUUGUUAUUCUAAUGAGUUUCACAGCCAUCUCCCCUUCGAUAGGCUAUGGCCUCACAAAUGAAAUUUUCGCUCGAAUGAAGUGUUCUUUUAGCCAACGAAAAGACGUGGCGUGAGUGUAACGAAAUAAAUUAAGUACAGGGCGGAUCUAGGGGUCGUGAAAUCAGUCGCGCGACUGAAGUAAAAAUUGGCUACUUAAAAAAAUCGACUCCAGCUAUCCAUAGCGGCCAGCUAGUAGAUCGUGUUAUUAAAAUUUUGAAUCGUAGUCCAGUUAUAUGUUUCAUGCUUCGGCAGAGCUUCGGCAAAGUAAUUUUAGUCAGUCACGAACAGCGGUUUUACGCAUGAAUGUUGACGGCUUUGGGGGUUGAAUUUGGCUAUCUGAUUGGCUGACACGCUCAUCUCCAAGGUUACGGCCAUUUGCGACGGAUCUGUGGGAAGGCCUGACGGAUUUGCAGAUUCAGAGGCACGGUUUGAGCCUCCUGAUUGGACCAUUUAAGAAAAUUCUGCACUGUUAUUGGCUUAUAUUUUCGACGGAUUCGCAGCGUGGAGUAUUUGGCAACACGUGUCCUACUAGUGUUUAUUAUUUCGAACGUCUAUCUGAGAAUUUUUACGAGCGAUUUUAACCAGCGAUAUCUGGAGACAUUUUCGACAUUGUUCAGUUUAUGAUUGCCGAAAACGAUUUGGAAUCUCUACAACGUUUGCAUACGGAGCUUGAGAAGAGGAUCGAUGCUUCACGGACGAAUUCUGUUGACGAGCUACUGAGCGCCAUCUACAACACAAAAAGAAGCCUCGCAGAACUUUCGGCACAGAGGGCUACAUCCCGAAGUGUGUUCGAGAUAAGGAAAACAAAGCAUGUACUGCAAUAAAGUAGAGAAAUUUAUGGUUUUAUAAGGAUGUAUCUUUAAUUUUGAAAGUAUUUAACCGGAGCACCGAACCAUUCGUGUUGCAAGUGAUAGUCUAACAGAUGAUAUUUUAAUAUUCGCUAAUGCUGUAUUGCAGCUGUAUUAGCAUAAUUCUGCGGUCAAGAAGCUAAAUGUGUUAAUAUUCAAUGUCCGCAUUGUAAGCAUUUGUUGAUUUUCAUGUUACUGAAGAUUUAAGAUUCUUUAUAUUUUUUCCAUCGAUCACACAACAUAUACGCCUUGUUAGACCAUACAUAUCCAAUAUGAAAUGUCCAUUUGACAUAUGACUAUCCAUUGGGUUGCGUUUUGUAAAUCUCGGUCAACUAGGGAAAUGACUAAGUAAUUUCUGUUUGUAGAAUGGCUUGUACACUACUAUCUGAACGUGGACCGCUGUGCAUACUACUGGGAAGACGGUGCAGCAGGAAACAACAUUGGUGGUCGUAAAUAUAUUGGAGGAUCAAGAAUUUUAUCUGCCGUCAAACGUUGCACAAUUGUUGAUGAAAUGAUCGACGGGAAUGAUGUUUGGACGAUUGUAAAAAAUCAGAGUAACGUAUCGUGUAUACCGAUGCCUUAAAAAUAAGUUGCCAGAAUUGUGUGUAUAUAAUACAAAGAUGAAGGAUCUGACCACCAAAGACUAAUGAUUUUAGUUUCGAAAAUUGUUCAAUAAAACCGAACAAUCUUUAAUUCGCAAAAUUUGCUCCAUCUAAAUUUCAUACAAUGAGAGCCUUCCCUAAAGCUAGUACACCAAUCAUUCAGUUAUCUUGCUUUACAAAUAAUGUAAUUAAAUAUUGUAACGAAAAACUGAUCAGACGGAAAACUGGGGGGCCAAAAUUGUGGCUGUAUAGUUUUUAAAGACCAUGUUAAGUCCGUUCUGCGCAUAUGUUCUGCGCAGGGCUACAUUCCGACCAUUGGAAUGUUGUUAAUAUUUCGCACCUUUCGAACUUUCUUGAAUUGAAUCUCUAGCAGGGGCGUAGGAAGCACCUGGAGUUUGGGGUGGCACCGGCUUGUAGGGGCACAUUACUAUCGGAAAGGGCACCUAAAAAAUUUUUCCCGGAAAUGUUGUCGACGGGGGGGAGGGGAGAAAUUUCUCCUGAGGAAAAUUUUCCGUCAUAUCAUACCGAAAUUUAUGUUCGUGACCUAAUUUUUAAAAAAAAUUUGUAAAUUUCCACACAAAAACGGCACCUAUUGUUUUAAUUUAGUAUUUACAGCGACAUUAGCUUCUACAAAAGGGGCACUUUUCCUCACAAAAAAGGGCACUUUUCAACACAAAAAGGGCACUUUUUAUCACAAAAAAGGGCACUUUUAGUCCUUUAAAAAAAUUUGGGGGGGCACGUGCCCCCCGUGCCCCCCCGCUUCCUACGCCCCUGAUCUCUAGUCUGUAUUCAUUUACAAGCAUACCGAUCGAACCAGAACAGUGAUAAAAAUUCAGUAUUGAUUGAUUGAUUGAUUUUAAUAAUUACCACAUUGUAAAUUAAUAAAAAUUUAAAAAACGUGAUAUUACAUAGAUAGUAUUAAAAUUUUUAAAUUUGCAAAAAGUUCAAUUUAAAACUACUAUAAUAUAAACUAUAUUAAUGAUAUGUACUAUAAAA